GCACUUUCUCCUGUUGGUAGUAAGUGCAAGCUGUAUUGUUCCUGGGAGGCUCCAAACUAUCUGUGGGUGUUAUCGCCAUCGCCAUGGGAAGAAGGCUACUGUGCGUCUGUCUGCUUGUCUUCGUCGUUUUGAAAAAGGCUUCAAGUUUAAAGAUACAGAACAAGCUGAUAGGUAAAUGUCUGCUGGUGCAAGAGGGAAUUCUGGGAGGUAGAGUGUCCUUGGGGGAAUGCAACCCAUAUUCACCCUUACAGGAAUGGCACUGGCUCCCAGAGAGCCAGGCUCUCCGGAGUCACCACACUGGGGAGUGUCUGACUGCACCUGGAGAGGAGUAUGAAGGUGUCCACCUGCAGCCCUGCAUCUUUAGGACUGAAAGUGACGACAAUGGUGACGGAGUGGCAGCAGUGGAUACGGGCCGAGAGACAAGCAGCCGGGCAUGGUCCUGUUCCAAGAAAGGUCUCCUCACUUUGAUAGGGAGAGGACUGCAUCUUAGUGCCACAGCAGAUUCCACUUUGGUUUUCCUUUCACGGGAACAUAAGCAGGGCAGCAGGUGGCGGGCACUUGACAACCAGACAUUGUGCAAUGGGAGCGAUAACAAACAUAACCAACACCAAUCUCACCACAAACUGGGAAAGUCAUGGGAACCUGGGAUUGUUCCAAGUGCCACCUCUGGUACACACAGACAGGCUGAACCAUUUGAAGGUUUAAUGGAUGUCAGGGUCACAGAAACAUAUCCAGUAAUAGAUGGGAAUCUCUCGUCCCUGAGCACCAAAUCCCCUGUAGAUCCCACCAUGAUUUUCUUCAGUAUGGACUAUGGGAUGGGCUGGAAGAUAACCAUGCUAGUACUAAGCUCUCUGGCUCUGGUCCUGGGGACUGUGAUUCUUAUCCUCAAUGUUUACUCCAAUAGAAGGAAGAAGGUGGUCUGUGUUUUGAAGUCGUACACUAUGAGGCCAGACGUGAGUGUCCCUGGGUCCCCGGUGCCAAGUGAAAGGGCCCCGCUGACAGAACAUGCCAUGCGCCUCCCACACUCCACCCCCACUUUACAAAGAGGAGAAAUCCUGAUUGAGUGGAAGGACGGUACUGUUACUCCACUGUACGAGGCCUGAAAGUUGUACUGUUUAUGUAGAUUUGGAAAUGGGUGUGUGUGUUUGUACGUGUGUGUGUGCACGCGAACAGGCUUGAUUUCUUAUGCAAGGGCAUUCAUGUUAUCUUUUGAAUGUGUCUGAAAGGACGUCUGUUGUGAGGAGAAAAAAAAUGUGAAAAACAGAAGGCAAAAUAAGGUUUGUUGGUUCAGCCUGUUGGCAUCCAUAUGAUACUAAGCAGUGUACUCUAGACUAUUUCAUAAAAUGGAAAGUUCAUGGCUCGGUAUGAGACUGUUUUUGUGAGGCUUAGCUGCCAGAGGAAGAUAAAAGCUGUUGUGAAGCUGCCAGAAUUGGAAGAAAAUUGAAUAUGAGCUGGACUGUAAGUUUUCAAAGAUUCUGAGUCCUGACUCGUGGUGUUGCAGAUUUAAGGAAUUGCCCGCUGGGUAAAAAGGCUGUAAAAUAAAUGUUUAAGCAUUCAGCCAUUGUUUGCAAACCUAAUAUAAGUACAAUUUAAGAGCUCAACAAAGCAAACAAUAGCUUAGGCCUUUAGUUGGAUAAAUACUUAAGAAACUAAUCUUUGUUUGCCAAGGCCUAAACUACUGUAUAUGAAGAUCUGAUCGUGUCCCAGUUUGAUGUUGGACACUGUUGCGUCCCUUUACAUAUUUGUUUUCAUUUUGAAGAAUAUAAAAAAGGUCCAGAGGAAACUAUUGACACUUUGCCGAUCUUUCAUUUUAAGGAUUAAUAGGAAAGUGUAGUUGUGUUGCAACUUAAUACACUGUGUGGUGUUGAGGGGAAGUAAUGUUUGAUGAAAGGUUUUUCAUAACACAGUUCAGCAUUAUCUAGCUUGUACUCCAUAUCUUAGCAAUAUAAGAUAUUUGCUAAGAAAACUAACCUAGUUUACAUAGGGAAUGUUGACAGUUUGACACAGUAUAAUUCAGUGCUGUUCAUUUUCUAAUGCACUUUAGUUUGAUACUGACCUCACAUAAACUUUUAUUCAUUUAAAUCGUUAAUUGAGUGCCCUUGUAAUGUACUAUGGGCUUCGACUAAACAUUUCACUCUUGACCUUUGAAACAGCAGUUGACAAGACAGUCUUCACUCAAGGGCCGCGCACUUGUUUUUUUCUGCAGCUUUUGACUAUGUCACACAGUCUUCAUCAGCAGAGGUGGUUUGCUAAGCAGUAUUUGUUUGAACUGUAGAUGUGUAAACUUUUCAUUUUUCUGAGCACUUCUCAUGUUUAGCUCAUAGUGAAGAUCAUAUGAUAUGGUCAAAAGCUCCAGAACCAGGUUCAAUGGAGACUGUUUUGUCCACUGUCUUUGAUGUUUUGUUUUUGUAUGUGGCAACUUGAUAGACCACCGAUUUGUGGUAAAUUAGUUUUUUUACUUUUUUUUUUCACUUUUUUAAAAAUGUAAACUAAUAAAAUAACUUAUACCUGA